GCAUGCUUUAUUUAUGUAACAACCAGUGUCAACAAAAACUGCCUAAAACGUGUUGGCUAGUUUUCUGAGGAAUUCCCCACGUAGCGUAUGUCCACGCACUGUGUGUGAGUGGGCGUAGGGAAGUGAAUUAUGUUUGUGUAUAUAUAGUAAUCCCCAACGGCAGUCAACAUUACACAGCUCUCACUGGAGGAGUCGAUAUGAAGCUGCCAUCCGUUGUCACAGCCUUUGGAUAUCUGUGUAUGCUGCUUGCAGAUGGAUUUCCAGUUUCUCAGGAUGAAACUCCAAAGAUCAUUUGUCCAAAACAUGAUAAAAUAGAAGCUCAUCCAGGUGAGCGGCUGUUUCUUCACUGUCGAGCAUAUGCAAAUAGUAAAGAUGUGACACUCAUCUACUGGCUCGUCAAUGGCUCUUUCCCUGAAGACCUGCUCAGCAGUGAUAGAAUAGUAGAAUCAGAGAAAUCGACUUCAAAGGAGGGUGCGAUCCUAAAGAGGAGAUUGCUGUUGAAGAAUGUCACGUCAGAGGACUUCAAAUCCACCUUCACCUGUGUGGUGAUUAACGCCGCUGGAAUGAGCCAAAAGAACAUAAUGUUAGUAGAAACAGUUGUUAGUGAUUGUAAAGUAGGAAAGAAGAGAGUAGGAAAGAAGAGAAAACACUGAAUGUCAAUACAGUAAAAAGUGGAAUGCUCUGAGCCACAUUUCACUUGUCUUGCACACUAACUCAUAUUUCACAAGUCAAGUCAACUUUAUCUGUGAAUGUACUAUUCUGUGUUAUGCUGUUGGUUGGGAGAACUAUGCCAAAACUAUGCCAAAGACAAGUUGGAUGAAGAAAUGUACAAAACUUUGGGUGCAUUCGGUUCCACAGUCGUACAUCAUUUUCCUUUUGAUGGCUUCCCAUCAGUGAGACCAGUAGUGUUAAAAUGUAAAACGCGACUCCUUCUGAUACCUUGAGGUGAAACCAAACAGAAACUGGAGUAUAUUAUUACGCUCUCCUAAUAUAAAUUCGAUGCAGCAUCCUCUUUACCCAAGGAAACACAACAUCCAGGGGCAACAUUUUAUGUGGAACUGAAUGCACCCUAAAUUAGUCAUUUAGAUGAGUCUACCACACAACGCUGCUAUCUACUGACUGCAGAAUAUAUGGAAUAUUGUUAAUUGCUAAGCUAUUUGCUAUGUUUGUGUAUCAUU